AUGAUGAAGACGCUUUCGUUUGCUGUCCUCUCGGCGCUGGUGUUGGGCGCUUCGGCCCUGGCGCCGCCGGCCCACCCUCCGGCCGACUCAGGGUGCUGCUGCUGCGACAUCAACAAGAACAGAAUCGACUGCGACAGGUCGAUCCCGGCGUCGGAGUGCAUCUGCGCCCAGGUCGUCUGCCCCGCCGGCGCGCCCACGUUCUGGCACGGCAAGCCGCCGAAAGCCACCCCACCGCCUGCGCCGCUGCCGACUUACAAGCAGUGCUGCUGCUGCAAUCCAAACAUCAACAGUGUUGUGUGCCAGCUGAGGCCCGUGGAAGACUGUUUCUGCGCGGCCGUGGUGUGCCCGACCGAUGCAAAGACCAUCUUUGUCAAGGAAACUCCCGCGCCGACCGCCGCUUAG